CCACUUCUUGUUGGGGGUUGGGGUUUGGUGAUGGAACAACUCAUUCUCUCUCUCUCUCUCUCUCUCUCUGUCUCUCUUGUGAAGCAUAAAUCCACGAACCUCCACAAGCACUAAGCCUCCAAAGAGAGAGAUGGGUUCUACUGUAAGGGAGGAGAAGAAGCCCCAUGCCGUAUGCAUCCCAGUCCCAGCCCAAGGCCACCUUAGCGCUAUGCUCAAGGUAGCAAAGCUUCUUCAUCACAGAGGCUUCCAUAUCACCUUUGUCAACACUGAAUACAAUCACAGACGCUUACUUAAGUCAAGAGGUCCUGAUUCUCUAAAGGGCUUACCUGACUUUCACUUCCACACCAUUCCUGAUGGUCUCCCACAUUCAGAUAACAUUGAUACUACCCAAGACGUUCCUUCCCUAUGUGACUCCACCAGGAAGACUUGUUUAGUUCCCUUCCGCAACCUCCUCUCUCAACUCAACGCCGAUGUCAACAUCCCUCCGGUCACCGGCAUAGUUUCUGAUGGUUGCAUGAGCUUCACUCUUCAAGCAGCUGAGGAACUUGGAGUCCCUCAAGUUAUGUUUUGGACGCAUAGUGCUUGUGGCUUUUUCGCUUACUUGAACUAUCACUUCCUCAUGGAAAAAGGCUUUAUACCUCUCAAAGAUGCAAGCUACUUGACAAAUGGGUAUCUAGACACUCCCAUUGACUGCAUCCCAGGAAUGAAGAACAUGCGCUUGAGAGAUCUACCCAGUACUGCCCGAGCUACCGAUCCCAAUGACUUAAUGCUCGACUUCAUCAAUGGAGAAACAAAGAGAACCAAGAAAGCUACGGCAGUCAUUUUAAACACCUUUGAUGCCCUUGAUCAAGACAUCUUGGAUGUACUCUCCACUAUGUUGCCUCGUGUUUACACCAUUGGACCUCUACAAUUGUUGUUGAACCAGUUGCAGAUUGAUGAUGAUUUGAAGUCUAUAGGUUCCAAUCUAUGGAGAGAAGAAUCGGAUUGUCUUGAAUGGCUCAAUUCCAAAGAACUCGGUUCGGUGGUCUACGUGAAUUUUGGUAGCAUCACGGUAAUGACGACUCAACAACUCACUGAGUUUGCUUGGGGACUCGCUAAUAGUGAGCAGACAUUCUUGUGGAUCAUAAGACCUAAUCUUGUGGUGGGUGACUCGGCCGUGUUACCAACCGAGUUCAUGACUCAGACCAAAGAGAGAGGUAUGUUGGGGGGUUGGUGCCCACAAGAGAAAGUCCUGAGUCACCCAGCCAUUGGUGGGUUUUUAACACAUAGUGGUUGGAACUCUACACUUGAUAGCAUCUGUGGUGGUGUGCCUAUGAUCUGUUGGCCUUUCUUCGCUGAGCAACUAACCAACUGUAGGUAUUCAUGUGUUAAUUGGGGGAUAGGGGAUGAAAUUCACCCAGAUGUGAAGAGGGAAGAUGUUGAGAGGCUUGUGAGGGAGUUGAUGGUGGGGGCUAAGGGUAAGGAGAUGAAGAAGAAGGCCAUGGAAUGGAAGAAGAAAGCAGAGGAGGCCACUGCUCCUGGUGGCCCCUCCCAUGUCAAUUUUGACAACUUGGUGAAUGAAAUUCUUCUCUCCAAGAGAUAUUAAAUAAUCAAACUUUUCAAGGUUUCAUGUGGAUCAUGGCAGCAGAUCAUGUAUUAAGAAAAAAACGUAUAUAUUAUAUAUUGCUUAGAUCUGAUAAUA